CAAUCUCAGUGCAAGGUAAGCACUGAUAGCGACGCCUGUCUCGGCGAUCGGCUGCGGCGGAUUUGGCUGUCCCUCCAGUUGCAGCCCGGCUCCCUCCACUGCAACCAUGGCGUCCUCGGCAGCUCUGCUCCUGGCCGUCGGCCUGGCCAUCGCCACCGCUCUGCCCCAGGGCGCUGUCCCACCAAAGAGGCUCUUCGGGUCGGACUGGAUCGAGCCUGAGAUCGUCAAUGGCACCAAAGCCGACAUCAAGGAGGUGCCCUACCAGCUGUCCAUGGAGUUGAUGUUCAUGCACACCUGCGGAGCCUCCAUCGUGAGCGAGAGCUUCGCCGUCACCGCGGCCCACUGCGUCGCCGGCACCCCCGCCUGGAUGCUGCGCGUCAGGGCCGGCUCCUCCUGGACCUUCUUCGGCAACUGGAUGGGCUCCACCUCGGGCGUGAAGACCGCCGUGGCGCACUCCGAGUUCUCCAUGGAGACCAUGAACCACGACGUGGCCGUCCUGGGGCUGAAGCGCACCCUCAAGCUCGGCCCCGCCAUCCAGCCCAUCGCCCUGCCCGCCUCCGGGGAGGCCCUCCCCCAGGGCGCCACCGGUCUGGUGUCCGGCUGGGGCACCCUCUACGAGGGCGGACUGCUGACAGCCUUCCAUCUGAGGAAGCUGGAGAUCCCCCUGUGGACCAAGGACGAGUGCGCCGCCAUGUACCCCAAGCCCACGACCGAAAUCACCGGCAACAUGCUGUGCGGCGGUGACUACACUGGCGACUCUUGCCAGGGCGACUCUGGCGGCCCCCUCGUGUCUGACGGCAAGCUGGUCGGCAUCGUGUCCUGGGGCGAGGGCUGCAACGAGCAGGGCAAACCCGGCAUCUACACCAGGGUAUCUGCCGUCGACAUCCGCGCCUUCAUCAAGGAGCACGCCGGUCUCUGAGUCCUCAUAGCAGUGUGUUUUGGGAAAGGAAUUAAAGAUUACAAACAUUUA